AGAAUUGCCCAUUCAACAAACCAAACAUCUUCCUCGACGAAAAAAAUACCUUUGUUUCAGCUUCCAUCCAUCCAUCCUUGAUCUUUACCAUUUCUCUAAGUCUUUGUCAAAUUUAUUGAACAAUCUUGCGAAAAUGGCUAUGAAUCAACGAAUAAGAGCAAGCGUACCUCUUUUUCAGAAAGUUUUAGCAGCUGAUUCUCUAUCCUGUGGAAGAUCUACUCUCCAAAAGAGUAACCCUAAUUUCAUCAUCGCUGAGAGAAACUAUGCUACUGCUCCUGCUAAGACGGACAAAAUAAAGGUUCCUAUUGCUCUGUUUGGAGCUUUUGGCAAUUACGCAUCUGCUUUGUACCUUGCUGCCACCAAAGCUAAUGCAUUCGAGAAGGUGGAGGCUGAGCUUUUUGACCUUGUUGAGGCUACCAAAAAAUCUCCAACAUUUUCUCAGUUCACAAGGGACCCCACAGUCCCUGCAGAUGUAAGGAAAAAGGCUAUAGAGGACAUAUGCGCUCAGGCAAAAUUCUCUGAUGUCACAAGGAACUUAUUGUUAAUCAUGGCUGAGAAUGGAAGGUUAAGGUAUUUAGACGGUAUUACAAAGAAAUUCUCAGAAUUGACUAUGGCGCACAGGGGAGAGAUGAAAGCAACUGUAACAACUGUCAUUCCCCUUCCUCCUGCUGAAGAGAAAGAGCUGAAGGAGGCUCUACAGGAAAUACUUGGGGAGGGAAUGACAGUCAAGCUUGAGCAGAAGAUUGACCCUAGCAUUCUUGGUGGUCUAGUAGUUGAAUUUGGGCAGAAAGUAUUCGAUAUGUCUAUCAAGACCAGGGCUAAGCAAAUGGAGAGGUUCCUGCGAGAACCCGUCAACGUUUGAGUAUUCGAUGGAAGAUUUAUUUUUUGCAAAGCGUAGAGUUUCUUUCGUUUUACUGCGCAAUGGUGCCUUAUAAGACGGAAAGUUCAUUGUUGUACCUCUUGGCCCAAGAUUUUUGAAGCAUACUUUCGAUGUUUCACCUGAAAUGAUCUUAUGCCCAAAAUAAAAGAAUUUGAAGAUUUAUCAUGUAUAUACAUAUGUAAUUCUGCUCUUUUAUGCUGCAUUUGAAUAGGUAAAUGAAUUGUGUGAAGUUUCAUGUUUCUCAUAUUAAUAAUGAUGAAAGUUUUGUGAUGCUCUGUAUCAUGAGAUGUGGUACACAGUCAUUAUAAUU